AUGCAGAACUCUGGAGAAAGCUAUGGACAAACUUUACCUGAUCAAGUAGAUCGCAUCGCCAAUCUAUUCGAUGCACAUCUAGGACUUUUAGUUGAUGUUCGUGAACUGUACCGGGAUAGAGCUGCAGUGGAACGUGAAUACGCGGCCAAGCUACAAGUCCUCGCUAGAAAAGCCACCGACAAGAAGAAUAAGAUCGCGUCGUUGCUAGUCGUUGGCGACAGCCCAACGAAAGUGUACGAUGAAGCCACUUUGCGACAAAGCACUUUGGAUAAUGCCUAUAAUGAAAUAAUUUCAUCUGUCUCUAAUGCUUCUCAGGAUCAUAUCAACCUUGCGGAUGCCAUCACGGCCCAUAUCACAGAAUCUCUAAAGACCGUUGAGCGUCAAAACGAAGAAGGCAAGAAAAAGCCCGUGUAUUUGAUAUCAACGGCCGUAGCUAAUAAGAUGAAGGCGAAGUUUUAUACAGAGGAUUUGCCGGGUUUAGAAGAUGACCUACAAACACGACUGGUGACGAAGUUUGUGGGCAUCUUACUUCAAGCCCAGACAAUUCAGAUAAUGCACCAUGACACUCUGAAGGAUCGCUUUGCCUCCGUAGAAUCAGCUCUCAAAGCAAUCGACGCAGGCAAAGACCAAGAUCUUUUUGCCGAUCACAAUAUCAGGCCCUUCACAGUGCCAAAUGACUUGCGCUUUGAGCCGUGUUCGAGCCAUUACGAUACGGCAGAUAUGAACGUGGAACCAGCACCCAAAAUAUUUCUUCAGAAUAAACUGGCAAGAUCUCGCAACAAGCUACAAGAAUUAGAACCAGUUUUGCAGGCAAAGCGUAAUAACUUGAAUGCUGUUCAAUCGAUAUUUUUCGCUGAUGGCGAUUCAAAUGGUUUAGGAGAUGAAGUAGAGAAAUACGGCAACUUUGCAGCAGGAUAUUCCUCCAACGACGAUUCUGUUAAUAAUGAUGAAGUGUUGAGUAAUUAUCUCGAGGCCAAGCAACAGCUCGUCUUUUAUUCCAAUUCUGCGUGCAUCCUCAACACUGAGAUAGAAACCAUCAGUGCUGCAUUGGGUGACGACGAAGGCGGUCAAAGUCCUCAUGCUUUCAAAAGUUCGUCGUUCUCUAUCCCGACUACGUGUGGAUAUUGCAAGGUCCGUUAA